AAGAAAACCACUCACCAUGCAAACCUGGCUCCUCCUUCUCACCAUCCUCCUCAUCUCUCUCCUCAUCAGACCAACUCUCUCCCUCCUGAAAACCAAGAAGCUCCCACCGGGACCAACCACCAUCCCCAUAAUCAGCAGCCUUAUAUGGCUCCGGAAACCCUUCUCCGAACUCGAGCCAGUCAUUCGAAACCUCCAGGCCCGCUAUGGUCCAAUCAUCACCCUCCAAAUCGGUUUCCGCCCUUGCAUAUUCAUCUCCAACCGCUCCCUCGCUCACCGGGCUCUCAUUCAAAACGGCGCCGUCUUCGCCGACCGCCCCCCUGCCUUAGCCACCACCAGACUCACAACCAGCAACCAGCACAACAUCAACUCCGCCUUCUACGGCCCCACGUGGCGCCUCCUCCGCCGUAACCUCACUUCCGAAAUCCUCCACCCUUCCCGCGUCAAAGCCUACGGCGCUGCCCGCAAGUGGGUACUUGACACACUCUCCAACCGCCUGACUGAAUCUCAAUCCAAAUCCGACGUAGGAGUCAAAGUUAUCGACCAUCUCCGGUACGCCAUGUUCGGCUUGUUAGUGCUCAUGUGCUUUGGAGACAAACUCGACGAGAAACAGAUCAACAAAAUCGAAGAGGUCCAAAGGGGGUCGCGGGUGUUGCUUAGUUUAAGCCGGUUCGGCAUACUCAAUUUCUGGCCUUCAUUAACAAAAAUCAUACUCAAGAAGAAGUGGGCCGAGUUCUUUCAACUCCGAAAAGACCAAGCAGAUGUGUUCCUUCCUCUCAUCCGAGCACGAAAGGAGGUAAAGCUAAACGAGGAUGAUAGUUAUGUGCUUUCUUAUGUUGAUACGCUCUGGGAUUUAGAGCUUCCCGACGAGAAGAGGAAGCUGACGGAAGACGAGAUCAUUAGCCUGUGUGUAGAGUUUCUUGAUGCCGGAAUUGAUACUACUACAGCCGCGUUGCAGUGGAUCAUGGCCAACAUAGUGAAGUAUCCAACUGUGCAGGAGAGGCUUUUGGCUGAGAUUAAAGGAGUUAUGGGUGAAACAGAUGAGGAGGUGAAAGAGGAGGACUUGCAGAAGAUGCCUUAUUUAAAAGCUGUGAUCUUGGAGGGUCUAAGGCGUCACCCUCCAGUGCAUUUCGUCGUGCCGCAUUCGGUUACGCACGACGUCGUUUUGGAUGGUCAUUUGGUGCCGAAGAACGGGACGGUGAACUUCAUGGUGGCGAGUAUGGGUUGGGACCCUGAAGUGUGGGAGGACCCUAUGGCUUUCAAGCCAGAGAGGUUUUUGAAUAAGGGAGAAGGAGAAGGGGUUGACAUAACUGGGAGUCGGGAGAUUAAAAUGAUGCCUUUUGGGGUUGGGAGGAGGAUUUGUCCUGGACUUGGUUUGGGUGUGCUUCAUCUCGAGUAUUUCGUGGCGAAUUUGGUUUGGAAAUUCGAGUGGAGAGGUGUCAAGGGAGAGGAUGUUGAUUUUGCGGAGAAGCAAGAGUUCGCUAUGGUCAUGAAAAAUCCAUUGAAGGCUCAUAUUUCACCAAGAGUUAUGAAAUGA